UGUCCCAGUCGUCGGUCUUGCAUGUCUCGUUCUGCUUCUGCUGGUCAUCGGGGCCAUGGUCAGUACCUUCCUAUUGGCUACCGAUACUGACUCUAGUUCCGAUGAGACCACAGAGUCUGAGGCGGACUAUUAUGGUACUCAUGCAGCGAGUACGACGAUGCCAACAUCAACAACCACCACUACAACGACCACAACAACGACAACCACAACGACGACAACCACAACGACGACGACCCGGGGCCCGAUACCGAUGACCCUGCUGUGCACCGUUGGCAUAUACGGUGUAGUGAACCAUCAAUAUCCGGAAGAUGGAUUGUGCGACCUGCUCUAUUAUAACGACAUAUUCGUAGGAAGCGACGGAAAACGAUUUAAUCCGUCGACCGCAGAACUCUUUGUCCAACGAUCGGAUUCUUCGAAGAAUACAGAGUUUGGCUUCUCGAUCGACCAUCGGUCCUUGGAUAACGUCAAACAAAUAAUCCAAAGGAGCAAGACGGAGGCCUUCAAUCAGCUCUGCCCGAAGAAGAUUCGUCAUCACGGUGUCCUCAACGUGCCUUACCCAACAAGGAAUAAAGCCAUACAGCUUCUCCCCGAACUGCAAGAGUUGUACGAAGCCAAUGGAAAAAAGAUCGACGUCACGACCUACUACAAGGCUAUCGGUAUCAGGCCUGAUUCUCCAGACAUCAAUACCUUCGUGGAAAGCCUGAUACAUGCCGGAUCCAACGUGAUCAUUCUACGAACGCACAUUUCAUCUUGGGAUAGCAAAGAAACUAAUGGCAUUGCCGGCGGGACGAUGUGGGAGAACCCACUGAGAAUUGGGAAGCCUGACAUGUCAUCGGUCGUAGACCUGAUGCUGGCAAUGAACACCGGGACAGCAACCAUGAUGCUGUCUUUUACCAUGGGAGUCGGUCUGUUCAGGUGGACGAAAAAUCUGCACGGCGCCGUCACAGACUAUGACAGUAAAGUCGGGAUGCCUUCCCAAUUUAUUCUUCUCGACUACGAAGAGACAUGUCGUGACAGUCAGAACGAAGUAGUCUCCAAAUAUAUGAAUCCCGAACAUGUUUUCAUUGCUGGCGACCAAAGACUUAAAAUCCGGUACAUCUACGAAAGAAAUUCUUCGUUGACCACUAAGGUACAAUUUGUGAUCGAGAAGAUAAAGGCUGUUUCAAGCCCGGUCACACUCGGCUUCGCUCUUUUCGACAUGGAAUUCGAGUGCUACGUCGACAAUUGCUGCGGCACCACAAAAUUCGGCAGGGUCAAAGACUUCAGGAAAUGCAUCGAAAAGCAAGGGCUAUCGCAUUGUUAGCUGCCGAGGAAAGAAGAAGA